AUGUCGACGGAUAAUCCACCUCAGAUAUUGCUUUUUGACAUGUUCGGCACUGUUGUGUCAUGGCGUACAUGCAUCACAGAGGAGCUGUGUAUAGCCGCCCUGCAUGCCGUGAAUAAUCCCCACAAUAAUCUCUCAGGCGACAUGCAGGACCGCGUGGCACAUAUGUUCUCGCAAGACUGGCUAUCGUUUGCCGAAGAAUGGCGGCGCUCCUAUAUUGAUCAGCAUCACUAUAAUGUUCUCCAAGACCUCCUUCGGCAGCACGAUCUGGAUGGCCUAUUCAGUGACAAGAAGCGGUGGGAACUCGCUUUUGCCUGGCACCGGCUCACCCCAUGGCCAGACAGUGCCUCGGGUCUUGAACUACUGAAUCGUCAGUUUUCAACCGCAACCCUAUCAAAUGGGAAUGUGUCUUUGUUGCAGGAUCUCCAGCGCUACGAAUCCCUGCCUUUCACGGAUCUUGUCAGUGCAGAAAACUUCGGCACUUAUAAGCCUUCUCCACUGGUCUAUAAUGGCGCGGCCGAAAAGUCUGGGCUGGAACCAGGUCAGUGCGCGAUGGUGGCAGCGCAUCUGAGCGAAUUGAAGGCUGCCAAGACCUGUGGACUCCAGACUAUUUACGUUGAGCGCCAGCUGGAGGAAGCGUGGUCGAAGGAGGAGGCGGCUAAGGCUAAGGCUGAAGGCUGGGUCGAUAUGUGGGUUGAUCUCAAGUCCAAUGGCUUCCAAAAGAUAUCUAGGCGUUUUGGGCUUGAGUAA